AUGUUUCGCGCCCGUCGAUAUCGGGUUUUUCUGGUGUUUGCAGCCAUCUUCGUCUUGGCCUUCUUUCAUUUCACUUCCUCUCGCGACUCUUCCACCGUUUCUCUUGACAUUCCUCCGCCGCAGGUCGACACAUCCCACGCCUUUCCCCAUCCAUCCACCUCGGAGAAACAGAAGAAUCCCUCCGCGGAUUCUCCUCCCCCGCCGCCCUCACUAGAUCGCCCUCCUCAAGCCCCUCUAUCUGAGGGGUCGAGGGGCUCGAAUAGGCGCCCCGAUUCCAAUGCCGACCCUCCCACCACUCACGACGAGCCCGCUCUGCCAUCGGACGACGAAGAGCAGAAAAGUAAAUGGCCUACUCAUCUCUACCCAGGUGCCCAUGGCCUGGGUGCCCUCAAAUUAGAACCCGUGACAAACCAACGACCUCACUGGGAGAAAGUGCCGGAGAAUUUCCCUCUGGCUCCCGAAGAGUUGAUCAAGUUGCCGGCCGGCAGGUCCAAAACUCUUCCAAAGCUGCAGGCCAAAUUUCGGGAUGAGACCUGGGUAGAGAAAGCGAAACGCCAGGAUAGGCUACAGACCAUCAGGGCCACUUUUGAGCAUGCGUGGAGCGGCUAUAAGGCGUCCGCCAUGGGCCACGACGAGAUCAAGCCCCUGCGGGGUGGAUACCGCGACACAUUCAAUGGUUGGGGAGCCACGUUGGUGGAUACCCUGGACACCCUGUGGAUCAUGGACCUGAGGGAGGAGUUCUCGAUUGCGGUCGAUGAGGUGAAGAAGAUUGACUUCACGACCACCAAGUCCGAUGAGAUCCCCGUCUUUGAAGUGGCCAUUCGGUAUAUGGGAGGUUUACUUGGCGCGUACGAUAUCUCGGGCCACAAGUAUGAGGUCCUUCUAGAAAAGGCGACGCAGCUGGGGGAGAUCUUGAUCGGUGCCUUCGACACCCCUAACCGCAUGCCGAUGCUCUAUUAUAAUUGGGCUCCACACUACGCAUCCAAACCGCACCAUGCGGAUAAGAAGGCGGUCCUGGCCGAACUGGGCUCCCUCUCCGUGGAACUUACCCGCCUGGCCCAGUUGACCAAGGAUAACCGGUUCUACGAUGCCGUCGCUCGUAUCACGAACGAGUUGCAGAAGUAUCAGAGUAAAACAAGUCUCCCGGGCCUGUGGCCCCUCGAGGUUGAUGCCUCGGGGUGUCGGACCAAUUCCCAGUCCCAUCCGGCGGCGGAGCAUGCACACGCCCCGACCCCUGUGCAGAAGGCCGGAUCACCAAUCACGGAUGCGGAGAGCUACAGGAAGCUGUUCGAGCCACAUCAAGCGCGGGGACUGCCAGAUAACGCGGAGCCGGCGCCCUACAACGAUCCUGCGCGGACUGCCCGUCCGAAACCCCUUGGAAAUGGCGCACCACCGGCAGUGAGGGAUUGCACGGCCGGCCUCGCCAGCCCGUCCUCCGCAGUUGAUAAGUAUGGGCUCGGGGCGCGAGGAGAUUCGACGUAUGAGUACCUGCCCAAGGAGUAUAUGCUUCUGGGCGGUCUCAACGAGCAAUACCAGACCAUGUACAAGGAUGCCAUGAACGCCGCGCGCAAGCAUAUUAUCUACCAGCCGAUGAUCAAAGACGUUCGGAACAUUCGAUUUACCGCCACGGCCAGCGUGCCGAAGCCCGGACUAGGUCCGACGACGCAUUCCUACGAGGCAACCCAUCUAGCCUGCUUUGCCGGUGGCAUGGUAGGCAUUGGGUCCAAGAUUUUUGGCAUCGAUGGUGACAUGGAUCUCGCCGCGAGACUCACGGAUGGCUGUGUGUGGGCGUACGAGUCCACUAAGACCGGCAUCAUGCCCGAGAACUUCUACGUGGUGCCCUGCGAGGACGAUCCAUGCGUGUGGAACGAGACGGCAUAUUGGAUGACGUUGGACCCUUAUGCGGAGCAGCGGUUGAGACCCGUAUUGACCGUCGCCGAUCAGCCCCGAGAUGAAAGGCAAGCCGAGGCGCAGGACCCCCCGGACAUGUCGACCGGCACAUAUUCUCCUGCAUCGCUGUCGGCCACGUCGGCCCCGGGCUCCCAGGAGGCCCUGGACAAGCGAUCUCUGGAGCGAGGCAGUUGGCAUGUGAUUUCAUCGCCUACGUCCUCGCCCAGUACUGAGGGCGACGCCGAUACGGCGGGUCAGUAUGUCAACGGGGAGCCGGACACCGUCUCUCACGAGGAAUACGUCAGCGCACGGAUUGAGAACGAGCGACUAUUCCCCGGAGCAGUCAGUAUUCCCCACCGCGAGUAUCUUCUCCGACCCGAGGCGAUCGAGUCGGUCUUUGUCAUGUACCGUCUCACGGGCAACAACUACUGGCGCGAAAAGGGAUGGAAGAUGUUCGGAGCCGUGUCGAAGUACACCCGGACAGAAUUGGCCCAUAGUGCCAUCAACGAUGUCACGGUGGAAGAACCGCGGAUGCAAGAUCGCAUGCAAUCGUUCUGGUUGGCCGAGACCCUCAAGUACUUUUACCUACUCUUCAGCGAUCCCAGCGUCGUCAGUCUCGACGAAUACGUCCUGAACAGCGAAGCUCAUCCCUUGAAGCGGCCGGAAGUCUCAACACGCCCGACGACCGAGCUGUGGGAAAUGGAGUCUGAGGUCGCAUUGGACCACGAACACCAGUUCUGGGACGAACUUCAAGGGAUUGUGUCCACCCCUUGCUCUUCUGAAGAUCUCAUUGACAACGCCCUCCGCUCAUAUCUGAGUUUGACCACGCUGUACAAAGAUGAAUAUCUCCGGACCGAGUUGGACGUUUCGCGCUGCUCAUACAAGUUGCUCGCGUCGAGCAUCUUUGCUGCGCAUGGCGACUACGUACGAAGGCAGAUGAUUUAUGGUUUAUUGCAGGACGAUGACCCGGACACGCUGCAUCUGAUUGUCUCGUUUCUGCUCUUCGACGGCCGACAGAAUGAAGUCGCCUUCCACAUGAUGGACGAGGAGGGUUCAUUCCCGCGGAUGUUGGAGCUCCUGCAGGCGCAAGACAGACACAUAGGGGAUCAGGGAGCGCGCCUCCAUCGGCUCCUAAUGGAGUUGCUCUACGAGAUGUCGCGGAUUCAGAGGAUCAGGAUCCAAGAUUUGGUUCUCGUGGACGACGAUUUCAUUCAGAGUCUUUUCAAUAUUAUUGAGGAUCUCUCGUAUGAUGCCAACGAUCCGUAUCAUUACUCGGUUAUUCGUAUCCUGUUGGUCCUGAACGAGCAAUUCAUGAUCUCCGCCCAUGAUCCAGUGGAUGAGCGAUCGUCGACUCCCUUGACCAACCGGGUGAUCAAGGUGUUGUCGAUGCAUGGCAAUCUCUACAAAACAUUCGGCGAGAAUAUCAUUCUCCUGAUCAAUCGAGAAGCUGAAACCUCGCUCCAGCUUCUUACCCUGAAGCUACUGUAUCUCAUCUUCACCACCCCUAGCACGUACGAGUACUUCUACACGAACGAUCUCCACGUCCUGGUGGACAUUCUGAUCCGCAACCUUCUCGACUUGCCCGAGGAAGCCUCAGCUCUCCGUCACACCUAUCUGCGCGUUCUGUACCCGCUGCUGGCUCACACGCAGUUGAAAAGCCCUCCACACUACAAGCGCGAGGAACUCAAACGGAUGCUCAAUAUCCUUGUACGGGGCCAACUGUCCGGCGCAGAGCUCGACCGCGAGAAGAUCAUGCAUUUCGAAGAGGUCGACGAGACGACUAGGAGACUGGUCAACCGAUGUAUAGCGGUCGACUGGAUGCGGGACGAAGACGCACUCGAGACCACCGUCGAGGAAAGCUCCGCGGCUCCUCUUCCCCUGAUGUCUAUCUCUCCUACAAACACCAGCACCGAGAGCAGCUCCCCGGACACCUUGUCUGAACCGCACAAGCACAGCCAGAUCGAACGACUCGGAGUCCACCACGAACCCGCCUCGUCCUCGUCCCUCAGCGUGCAGGAAGUCGCAUCGCAGCACGAAAAACCCGGCAUCAUCACCCCCAGUCGCCACACCACCACCACCAUCGAACCACCCAGACCAAAAAUCAAGCCUCUACCCCCGAACCCUCGACGCUGGCGAGGACGACGGACCGUUGAAGACCCCGACACCACCAACAUGAGUCUCAAAAUCCCCGAAGAACCCACCACCACUACUCCCGACUCGACAACAACAACACCAAUGACAGCCAGUCCCAUCACCUUCGACCAACGAGACUCCACAACAUCCAGCCUCGCUCCGCCACCGAUGCCCGUGCACCCGCGCCGUUCGGCAUCCAAUCCACCCCCGGCUGUGCCUCCACCGCGUCGAUCCACCCAUCCAGCCGUGCAAGCACACCACGUCUCCAGCCACUGCACGCCCGUCACCAGUCCCUCGCGGAGCACCCACACCACCAAAGGUCAGAAGCCCGAACCACCGCGCACCCGCCGAUGGGGUCGGAGGAAGGACUCGCAGUGUGAAUCCAACAGAGUUUUUGAUUCGACUCUUUGUCACCAGCAACAGCAGAGUCUGGACUCGAAUGGGAAUGAGAAACAGAGAGAUCACACAGAGGGCACUGUUAGUGUGGAAGAGGCGGUACAGAAUGUGUCUAUUCAAGAGAAUGAUUCGUUGGGUAGAUAA